GCCGGAGGCACCAGCCGGGUCCCAAGGGUGCUGCAACCUCGCUCGCUAAGCCGCAGGAAUCCCGAAGUUCCUCAGUUUCCUGCCGCGGGCUUGGGGCGCCCAGGGACUCUCGCCAGCCAUGAGCCCCUCCUGGCCCCGGGAGGAGAGCCCCAAGGGAGACACAGGCGGACGCCGAGGGGCGCCGGCCAAGGACUCGUUCAGAGACAUCGCCAGGUACUUCUCCAAGGAGGAGUGGACCGCCAUGGGGGACUGGGAGAAACGGCGCUAUCGCAACGUGAAGAGGAACUACCAGACGCUGAUCAGUAUAGGUCUCAGAGCCCCUCGGCCAGCUUUCAUGUGCCACCGCAGGCUGGCCAUCAAACCCAAGGGAGAGGACAGCGAGGAUUCCGACGAAGAGUGGACACCACGGCGGCAAGUCAAACAUCCGUGGGUGGCCUUCCAAGUAGAACAGAGUAAACGCCAGAAGGGAAUAUCCAGAUCUGCAGUAAGUAAUGAAUCUAGCUUGAAGGAAAUGUUAGGAACAUCAGCUUUGCUGAACACCAGUGGCUCAGAGCAGGCCCAGAGACCAGUGAAACUUCCUAAAGAAGCAAUUACUUCUGGACAGCACUCUAGACGAAAACAGGAGCUGAGGAGAAAGAAGCCUGACGUGAAGAUGUACUCACUACGAGAGAGAAAGAACCACACAUACCAAGAGGUCAGCGAGCCCCAGGAUGACGACUACCUCUUUUGUGAGAACUGUCAGAACUUCUUCAUUGACAGCUGUGCUGCCCACGGGUUCCCUACAUUCAUCAAAGACAAUGAGGUAGACAAGGGGCAUCCUGACCGCUCAGCCCUCACCCUGCCCCCAGGGCUGAGGAUUGGGCCUUCGAGCAUCCCAGAGGCUGGGCUGGGAGUCUGGAACGAAGCCUCUGACCUGCCGCUAGGCCUGCACUUUGGCCCCUAUGAGGGCCAAAUAACAGAAGAUGAAGAGGCGGCCAACAGCGGAUACUCCUGGCUGAUCACCAAAGGGAGAAACUGCUACGAGUACGUGAAUGGAGAAGACAAGUCUUGGGCCAACUGGAUGAGGUAUGUGAACUGUGCCAGGGACGAGGAGGAGCAGAACCUGGUGGCCUUUCAGUACCACCGGCAGAUAUUCUACCGCACCUGCCAGGUGGUCAGGCCGGGCCACGAGCUGCUGGUCUGGUAUGGCGACGAGUACGGCCAGGAGCUGGGCAUCAAGUGGGGCAGCAAGUGGAAGAGAGCACAUGCGACUGAGAGAGCAGAACCAAAGCCAGGGAUCCAUCCAUGUCCCUCCUGCUCGCUGGCCUUUUCCACUGAGAAAUUCCUCAACCAACAUGUGCAACACCAUGAUCCUGCCCAGAUCUUCCCAGCAACAUCUGUGAGAAAACACUUCCCAUCAGUGGAUCCCUGCCCUGGUCGUCAGAAUCAGCAGCAGCCACAUUCUGAUCCCCACAGCAGGAAUGACAAACUUGAAAGUCAAGAGGUCAAAGAAAGACCCAAACCUUUGCUUAAAAGGAUAGGGCAGAAGAACGUUUCAAAGGCCUUUUCCAACCUGCCAAUAGAGCAAAAGUGGAGCUCUAGGGAGCGUGAGAGAGUGAUGGAGGAAGAGCCAAGCACAGGCCAGAAAGAGAAUCCAAAGGACACAGGCAAAUUAUUCACUGGGGUAGGACUGUCAAUAACUACAACAGGCAAGUAUGGAGGGAGUGAGCAAGGCAUCCAUGAUCAGUCACACCUCAGCACACACCAGAGGACACACACAGGGGAGAAGCCCUAUGUCUGCAGGGAGUGUGGGCGAGGCUUCAGUCAGAAGUCACUCCUCAUCAGACACCAGAGGACACACACAGGGGAGAAGCCCUAUGUCUGCAGGGAGUGUGGGCGAGGCUUCAGUCGUAAGUCACUCCUCAUCACACACCAGAGGACACACACAGGGGAGAAGCCCUAUGUCUGCAGGGAGUGUGGGCGAGGCUUCAGUCGUAAGUCACUCCUCAUCAGACACCAGAGGACACACACAGGGGAGAAGCCCUAUGUCUGCAGGGAGUGUGGGCGAGGCUUCAGUCAGAAGUCACACCUCAUCACACACCAGAGGACACACACAGGGGAGAAGCCCUAUGUCUGCAGGGAGUGUGGGCGAGGCUUCAGUCGUAAGUCACACCUCAUCACACACCAGAGGACACACACAGGGGAGAAGCCCUAUGUCUGCAGGGAGUGUGGGCGAGGCUUCAGUCGUAAGUCACUCCUCAUCACACACCAGAGGACACACACAGGGGAGAAGCCCUAUGUCUGCAGGGAGUGUGGGCGAGGCUUCAGUCGUAAGUCACUCCUCAUCAGACACCAGAGGACACACACAGGGGAGAAGCCCUAUGUCUGCAGGGAGUGUGGGCGAGGCUUCAGUCAGAAGUCACACCUCAUCAGACACCAGAGGACACACACAGGGGAGAAGCCCUAUGUCUGCAGGGAGUGUGGGCGAGGCUUCAGUCAGAAGUCACACCUCAUCAGACACUAGAGGACACACAGAGGAGAAGCCCUGCGUCUGUAGCAGGGUGAGUUGGUCAUACCCUUGAAUCAUAUCUGAGCAGCCACAGAGGACAAAUGCAGCCGCCACACAUUCUGCACUUCCUCUGGGGUUGGGGGUGGGGGCUUCAGAGGAAGUCUACUGACCUGUCCACUCCCCAAGAGCUUAGUGGGGUCAGAAACCAUCUAAACAACCCUCCACUCAAGACAAGAGAUGAGGACAGACAGGUACUUGAGUGGCAUAGCCGUCAAUCCCCUCCAUGGUUUUGUCUGUUUUGUUGCCUUUGCUCUAUUAAAUUUUGUCUCCAUACAAA